AUGACUGUUCCCACUGAUGUAAUUUUUGCUUUCUGGGAUUCAGAUCGUCGUUUAUUCGAAGCCAAUUCAUGGAAGAUUCACGUGGACGACGUGCUCUCAAUUAAAUCAACGCCCGAGGCUAUUUUUGUUUCCUCGUAUCCAUUGAUUAACGGAAAGAGGAAGCGGGUUUUAUUGAAACUUCGUGGCACACCAGAGACUCUCAGAGGUUAUGCAACACAGAUCUCUUACUCCGAUAUUCCGCGUAAGACUUAAUUUAUGCUGAUACAAUACACUUACUGAAUACUUAAUCGCAUGUUUGUGGAAUUCAAAGCAAAAUGUGUACUUGUUUGGACCCUCCUGUAACUUUCAAAUUACUUUCAGCUCACGUUCCAUCAGAAUCGUCUGUUACUCGGAAUCAGAUUCUAGUCCUUCUGAAUCCUUAUAGUGGGCAAAAGAAGGCCUACAAACAUUGGAUUCAAGACUGCAAACCCAUAUUCGAUGAGGCUGGAGUCAAUUACACUUUGGUCGAGACAGGUAGGAAAAGUAAAAUUAAAUUAGAACUGCAAUUACUACAAGAUUCAGAACUGUUUUCUUUACAGAGUAUGCUCAACACGCAUCUGAGAUUGUUGAGAAGAUGAAAUUGGAUGACUACAAUGCCAUUGUCAUUCUGAGUGGAGAUGGGAUGGUUUCAGAGGUCCUCACUGGUCUUCUAACUCGAACUGAUAGGGAAAGGGCAUUGAAAAUGCCAUUAUUGCAUAUUCCUGCGGGCACUGCUAAUGCCUUGGCUGCUGCGGUUGCCUUCCAAGCUGGGUAAAUAGAUGGUUUACUGUGAUAUGUAAUCCAAUACCUGGAUGAACAAUAAUCAUAAAACCACACUUCAAUUUCAGAGAACCAUUCUCCCCUCGAGGCAAUUUCUGUCCAGAAAUGGCGUUAAUGAUCGGGCGACCAAACUACAAACCCCUCAGGCUAUAUCAUGUGGAAACGGCGGCGGAUGGCCAUAAACUCAUGUUUUUGACUGCUGUUUGGGGCUUAAUUGCAGAUAUCGGUAAUUAUUCUAUGAAAAACGAGAAUACAUAAAAAAGAGUUCGUCUGACAAAAAGGUAUUUUAGAUCUUGGAAGUGAAAGGUUUCGCUGGGCAGGCCUGGCUCGUCUUCACAUGGAGGCCUUUAUCCGCAUCGCUCAACUUCCCACUGUAGCCAAAUACAGAGGCCGAAUAUCAUAUAAACCAGUAUUAGAUGGAGAGUUGACAAGAAACACUAGACUCAAGUCAAGAGAAGUCAGAGAAAAGCUAAGAUCUGAAUAUUUCAAAACAAAAAUGGUCGAAAAAUGGAGAAAGGGGGAUACUGUAGCGGAAAAAUCGUCUUCGACCCUCCAAAGGGCUUUUGAAGAUUCCAAUAAUUUGAGCUAUAAGGUAAGUACCGAAUGUCAUUUAAUGAUGCCAUCAUUUCCAUUAGUUCCCCAGACUCGAAGACCCAGUUCCCUCUGAUUGGACCGUCAUUGAAGGGGACUAUGCUUUCGUCUGUCUCUCCUCCAUCUCUCACAUCGGCAGCGACCUCCCCUAUUGCCCAUCAGCCAAAUUAGAUGAUGAGGUGAUGUAUCUGAGCCUGGUGGAUUGGAGAACCAUUAAGUCGAGAUUCCACAUUGCUCAUCUUCUAAUCACCAUUGACCAAUGUCUACAUCUGGAUCAUGAAUGUCUCCAAGUAAGCCUUUAUCACAUUGCCUGUGCAUAUUUCAGAUAAUACCUGUAACGGCAUGUCGAGUAGAACCUGCAGAAGGAUCUGGUGGAUACGUGGCCAUUGACGGAGAACCAGUGACUUCUGGCUCUUCCUUUCAAGUGACUACUACUCAUCUAACGGCUACAGUAAUUGGACGAUAA